AUGUCGUGUCUCAGUUGCUUCAUUCCACGAAGGCAACGUCACAGAGGGCUUCAUUGGGUGGUACUGGAGUCGGAGGGCUCCAAUUUCGGCUUGGUGGUUGGUGGACACCAGGCAGUGCAAGGUCUGAUCCUGGUGGAUGUAAAGUCCUGCCAUCCAGUGGUGCAAUGGAACCGUGCGCAACCGCAACGUCAGAUUCGACCAGGCCAAGCCAUUUUGGAGGUGAACGGAACCACAGAAACCAUGGCCAUGCUUCAGGAGUUCAAAGAUGCUUCGCGGGUGGAGGUGCUCAUUGCUCAGCAGCUGACGCCCGAGCAGCAGAUGAUCUUCGAAACCUCCACACUGAAGCAUCGCCGGGCGCUCUUUGCCAAGGGCAUUCUGCGUCCAGCCAUGGCCGUCGCAGGGGAAUCGGAGGACUGUUCCAUCUGCUAUGAGGCCAUGGAGUUGAAGGAUUGCUUCGACGAACUGGCAGAGACAGCUUGUGGCCAUCGCUUUCAUAGGAAAUGUGUUCAGGAAUGGUUGGUGUCGGGACGAUUCAAACGUUUCACCGCAUCCGAGUUGGAACGCCACGAAGUGCUUCGGAGCGCCUUUAGCCUAGAGGACCCCACGAAUCCCACCCGCAAGGACUUGAUACCCUUGAAAUUGAAGGUGGACCCGAAGAAGUUGGUGAUGAGGAAUUUCUGCCGAGCCGAAGGGCCUCACUUUGAAGAUCCAGCAGGUGAAACUCUGUGGACACAGAUCAAUCGGCAAAAUCGCAGUUUCUACGCCCUGGCCGUUGCGGACGAAGGGCACGCGCAAGCCAUCGCCAGCAUGGACUACGCGACGCCACACCGGCCCUGGUUGCAGGAGGAGACCAUCCAGGAAGGAGCCGAUGAGACUUUGUACAGCCUGGGAGUGGCGAGCCUCCGAGGCGUUUUUUCGGAAGAGCUCCUGACAGAGCUCAGAAAUGCCUUCACAACACUCACCGAUGAUGAAGCAAAGACCUUCGAGUUCGGGGAGCUCCGGGCGCAGCGCAAGGCCGUGCACCUGCCGUUCCGAGAAGCCUUCGCGACGCUGCCCUUGCUGGGUGACUCCAACAUCCUGCUGCAGCCUCUCUGUGAGUAUUUGGGCGAUGACUUCGUGCUGGAGAGCGCCUUGGUCAUCACCGUGGACCCGGCGACGGAAGCGCAGAACGCGCACACCGAUACGGAAGACGAGGGCAGCCUCUCAGUGCACGUUCCCUUACAGCAGCUUCGAGAGACCUUCGCGCCGCUGUCCUUCUGCGUUACCACGCACCACGACGUGGAUCUGCUGGACGCCUACGGGCGCCAGGUGCGGCGCUGGCGCUGCCAAGGCGAAACGCCCAAGGCGGCGCGCCAGCGGCUGGCGGCGGGGCGCCGGGUGGAGCGAACCGAGCUGCUGCUGCAGCUGGAGAAGGCCGAAGAGUUGCUGGAUCAGGUUGACUUGACCCUGGGCAAGCGCAGUUCGCUGGUCAAGGGCUUCGGGUCCAAGGGUGGCCCAGGUGGGUUGGAGAUUGGGGAUGAAAUCACGCACGUGAAUGACCUGAGAUUCAUGAGCUGGUAUCAGAUCCAGCGUCAGAUUCCGGAGAUGCAGGAGUCGCUGCGGCUGCGCGUGCUGCGAGCUCCCCACGUGGACGACCUGCCGCAAGAGCCUCUGCCCAAACUGCUGGUGGGCGCGCCCCUGAAGCUGGGCGACGUCAUCCUCUACGACUCGCGCAUCAUUCAUUGGGGCAUGGCCAACACGGAGAACUCUCCACGACACGUGCUGUAUUUGAAUUUCAUGAGCACCAGCUUUGAAGGUUAUAGCCCCGAUGGUGACGCCAUCGCCAUGGCCUCGCCCGAAUGCUUGGCGGCGCGCCAGGCCUUUCGUGACCGGCUGCAGGAAUUGAAAAAAACGCCAAAGGGAUCCAAAGGGCAGAGGCUUGGUGUCAGCGGCAUUCGGAUGCUUUACACGCCCUCCAGCGACAACUUCCCGGCCUUGCACGUCAACAUGCAUCACAUCCUGGCGGAUAACGAUGCGCUGCUCACCUUCUGGCAAGAAUCCUUCCAAGUGCAGGAGCUGCUGUACUAUGGAUAUUCCAAGGAGGCAGUGAAGGAAAAGUUGCCCAAGCUGCCUGUGCAGUUCACAGACUUCGCCUAUUGGCAAAAGUCCCUCUUCUCUCGAGGCUUGCUGAAACCCGACCUUUCAUACUGGGGCCGCCAAAUUACGACCUCGCAACCGCCAAGUGUGUUGGAUUUGCCGUUGGACGUGCCGCGACCGCGGGUUUGGAAUGUGGUGGGCGACAGUGUCAAGAUUGACUUGGACCAGGAGCUGAUUCAACCGGUGAUGGAUCGCAACCCGCGCAUCACGCCCUUCGCCUCGGUGGUGUGCAACUUUGCGUUGGCAUUGAUGAGGAUGAGCAACCAGCGGGUGGUCUACAUGGCCACGGCCUUCGCCCUGCGGAGCUUGCCGGCAGUGGCCAAUCUCAUUGGCAAUUUCCUGAACAUGUUGCCCAUCCGAGUGGCGUACGAUCCGGAUGAGCCCUAUAUGGACAUUGUGUCAAGGGUGGCGACGUCCACCAUCAACGUGCAGCGCUACAGCAUGGCGCCCUUCAUCCAAAUCGUGACCGAUACGCAGCCUCACUUUCCGACCACCGAUCCUUCCAGGAAUCCAGUGUACCAGUCGAUGGUUGAUGUGGUGCCUCGAGACGAUGACAGCGAUGAGGUGGGUUUGAAGGGAGUCCUGGAUGUCUUCUUGUUCGCCAACACGAGGAACGGGCAGAUCUUUCGAUUGGAUGGCGUCUUCAACACCACAGUGCUCACCAAGCAGACCGUGCGUUUGAUCCUCAUGCAUGUGAAGGCGCUGACCAUGUGGGCUGCGCGUGAUGCCAACCUGCCGAUCCCUCGUUUGCUGGCGACAUACGAACGGGCGCAAGAAGCGAAAGACGCAGAGAAAGGCAUCGUCCUGACGCACAUCAUGGUGAAAGGAAAAACAGGUCUCCCCUCCAUUGCCUCCAUGGCCAGCGGCCCGGACGUGGACGGCCUCUCCGAGGAACAGCGCGCCGUGCGCAGCUGUCAUCGCUUCAAGAUGCAUUCGGCGUUAGAGAUGGGCGGCGACAUCCCACAGAGCUUGAUGAAAAGCGCCGCUUUGCCCACGCCGUUGCAGCCCCCCAAGCCCAAGCAGCGUGCGGCGGCGGCUGCACCGCGGUGGCAGGAGCAAUUGGUGAAAGCCGAGCCGUCUGCGUUGGCGAAACCGGAGCCGGCCAUGUCCAUCGUCGCAGCGCAGGCUCCCAGUCAAGUGGCAACUUCGGAGGCCAAGGUUCCACCUCCCAAGCUGUCAGUGGAGGAAGAGGUGGCUCAGCGACGGGCCGAAGCCCAGAAGCGGCGGGAGAGGAACUAUCAGGCCCAAUCGCAACGCGACAGCGAACUGAUUCCCCUGGGAGAGGAGUUUCCUCCACCGCUCCAGGCCAACCCUUUCGACGAGGCCGCCCGACGUCGCGGCUUUGCGGCCUUCGCCGCCCAGCGCAGCGGCUAUGGCUGCCUGCCCGUAGCGCGCUCUAUGAUUGCUGUCAGCUUCCGUCGAAAAGUGCCGCUGCUUACUGCUGCUUUGCUGCCCGUCAAGGCCGACAUCAUGGGCGUGGUAGAUCGGACAGAUGAGUUCAGGCACAUCCUCCGCGAAGCGGCUGCAAAGAGUGGUGGAGGCCUGAGCUUUGAAGCUACGCCCCAGGCAACGUCAGAGUUGAAUCUUUGGUCCGCCGAGAUCGGCGGUGAAAUUCACGAGACCUCGCAGAAGGUGGCAGAGCUCAGGAAGAUGUCCAAGCAGAAGGGCAUCUUCAACGACAAAACAAACCAGAUUCAGGUGUUGACCCACACCGUGAAGCAGCAGAUUCAGCUUCUGAAUCAGAAGAUCGAGGCCCUGGAAUCCAAGGUCAAAAGCUCCGGGAAGAACAAGAGCUACCAGGCGCAUGCAUCGACCCUGGUGGAGACGCUCAAGACCAGGCUGCUCCAAGUGACCAAGGAAUUCAAAGACGCUUUAGAGGAUCGCACCAAAGCUCUCGAGCAGCAGGACCUCCGGCGUCAGAUCUAUUCCUCCGGCGCCGGCGCAGCGGCGAACCCCUUCGCCGGCCGCGGUGGGUCCGGACCGCCAAACACGACGCGGUGA